AUGCAUUGGAUAAUUGGGGUCAAUGAUUUGGCUGAUUCCAGUGGUCUGUUGACAAAUCACCAUGAAAUCAUGCAGUAUUUCAUGACUUUGCGUAAUCACUGAAAAUGUUGAGUGUUUCUACAUUUUUGGGAAUAUUGCCUAAACAAUGUACUUUUUUUUUCAUUGAAAGAGAAAUUGUUUAAAAGUGAGAAGAAAAUCACAAAUUUUAGGUUAAAAUAACUGAAUGAGUAAAUUAAAAUUUGCUAUUCGCUUUUAAACUUUUCAAAAAUCCAAUAAUUCUGGAAUAUUAUUUAAUAUUUGUACCAAAUAUUAUUUAUUUGUUGCAUAAUUAAAAUGCAGCAUUUGGUUGUAAACUGCAAUAAAAUUACAAGUAAAAAGUACGCUAUGUUGUUGAAUUAAUAUAUCUUAUAAAAAUAAUACUUUAGCCCAGAUUGAAGACUGGUUUUAAUUUAACGGGAGAUGCUUUCUGCGCAGGAAGUAACAGGACCAGUAAUCUGAUUGACGGCCGGGGGGUUGUGUUCAAGGUGAUUUAUAAAAGUUCCAAUUCCGAUUGAAUCUGCAUUUUCUGCAUAAUAAAAAAAGGAUGACACACUCUUCACACAUAUAGAACGUCCACAAGCUAAAGUGCUUUAUGUGUUUGGAGUGAUUGUUCAAGAUUAAAAAAAUUUCAAUUAUCUCAACUAAAUUAUCUCAACUUUCUCAACUUAUCUCAACUUUCACUUGGUACUGCCUUUACAUUUUCUUUUCAUCUAGAGGUUUUACAUAAGAUAGCUGAACACCGCACUCUAGAGGUCUUAUAUAAGAUAGCUGAACACCACACUCCAGAGGUCUUAUAUAAGACAGCUGAACACCGCACUCUAGAGGUCUUAUAUAAGACAGCUGAACACCGCACUCUAGAGGUCUUGUAUAAGACAGCUGAACACCACACUCUAGAGGUCUUAUAUAAGACAGCUGAACACCGCACUCUAGAGGUCUUACAUAAGAUAGCUGAACACCGCACUCUAGAGGUCUUACAUAAGAUAGCUGAACACCGCACUCUAGAGGUCUUGUAUAAGACAGCUGAACACCGCACUCUAGAGGUCUUAUAUAAGACAGCUGAACACCACACUCUAGAGGUCUUAUAUAAGAUAGCUGAACACCGCACUCUAGAGGUCUUAUAUAAGAUAGCUGAACACCGCACUCUAGAGGUCUUACAUAAGAUAGCUGAAUACCACACUCUAGAGGUCUUAUAUAAGACAGCUGAACACCGCACUCUAGAGGUCUUAUAUAAGAUAGCUGAACACCGCACUCUAGAGGUCUUACAUAAGAUAGCUGAAUACCACACUCUAGAGGUCUUGUAUAAGAUAGCUGAACACCGCACUCUAGAGGUCUUAUAUAAGAUAGUUGAACACCGCACUCUAGAGGUCUUGUAUAAGAUAGCUGAACACCGCACUCUAGAGGUCUUGUAUAAGAUAGCUGAACACCGCACUCUAGAGGUCUUAUAUAAGAUAGCUGAACAGCACACUCUAGAGGUCUUGUAUAAGAUAGCUGAACAUUGGGCCUCCAAUCAUUGUUUUCCUUUCUUGACAAAAUAA